AUGGAUUUUAGGAAUUAUCGAAAUGGAAAUAUACCAGAAAUAGGUACAACAAUAUACAAUACAAUACCAACUGGUGGUGAUACAUUUUUUGAUAGAUUAUCUGAUAGUGAACAAAAUGAGACAGGAAGACGUUCCAGGCAUAAAAGAGGUUUAGGAAUAAGUCACGCAAAAACCUUCAACGUAUCUCAAUCAAGAAGGCAUACUCAAUUGCCAAAAAGUAAGAUUCGUUCCAAUUCGACCCCACGAAGACGAAGGAUGAAAACAAGAAGAAAUGGAGUUAUUCUGCCCGAAUACGAAAAUGAUGUUGACGAUAAAAAUUCUCAAUAUGUUGAUCUCAUAACAAGAAGUUCAUGUAAUCGUAGAUCCGACGAUUAUUAUGAAAAUGUGUUCCGAAGCGCAGGAAAUCAUCGAAUUAAAAAAAGUAAAUCAGGACUUCGAUUGCAAUCGGGAAGAAAGUUAAGCGUACCUUUAUAUGAUGGUACUUAUUCGGUACGAGAUUACACCUCUCCCGAUUUAAGAAAUAUAGGAGAUACGGAAGAUGAAACCACAUCUGGAGCGAUGAUUUCGUUAUUAGGUAUUCCAGACAGGAAGAAAAGUCGAAUGGAACAACAAAAUGCCAAAUUGAAAGCCGCUUUGGUAACUGAUAAAAAACAGCAAUGUUUCUUACAGCUUCCGAUUUCGGUGAUCACAGAGCAAUGUAUUCGUGUCAUAUCAACGACACGUCAAUCAUGGCUUCAAUCAACAAUUUACAUCUUUUCUAAUAAUCAGUUGGGACAUUGCAAUAUUGAGCAACUUGAUGGAAUGCUUACUGGUGCAUCGAUAAUGAAUCGUGAGACUUAUGAGACAGAGUGGGAUAAAAGACCGUUAAAUUUGAAAGAAGAUAUAUUUGUUAAAAAUAAUAUUAUUAAAAUAAGACGAUCAACAUUAUUCUGCGAUUUGCAAAAUGGGAAGCAAAUAACAACGAAUGAUCGUCGUACUUAUAAUAAUUUAUGUCCAGCAGAAAUGACUAAUGUUGCACAACGUGAAAUUUAUGGUAAUGUAGCUUUGAGACCCCAAUCAAUGUUGAACGUCACUUCGAUGUACGAUGAACAGCGAUCCGUCAAUGGCAAUAUUCGACUGAUUGAAAAGCUGAUAAUCACUUUGUCUAGUAGUGAAGAACCUCAAGCAACCCAACGUUUACAAAAACAAAUUGAACAACGAAUAAUUGAACCAGAAAAUUACGAUAUACCAAUACAAUAUACCGAGGACGUACUAACUGGACCCCGUCGCAUCGAUAUCACCCGUGAAGCAGAAAUUAAUCCUCGAGAAGGACUGAGUGACUUUAUGACCACUGGAGAGCCACGAGUAAUUGAAUUUGGAGAAAUAAGAAGAUAUGGCAAUCUUGUACCGUCAAGAUCUAGAUCACUUGGUGGCAUUCAAACUGAUUAUCCCAUUCAGAGAACAUCAUCAUUAACACCUUUGAUUGAUCGACAGAUCCGCCAAAUUAAAGAAACUACACCUCGUCAAUUUCCAUCCAGUUCAUCUUACAUUUCAAGGGAAUUCAAACAACUGAAAUCAGCAGAUUUGGCAGAUAAACAUGAAAAAGAACAAAUAGUUAUGCAGAAAAUUCAACCAGAAAAGCGCAUUGAAGUGCCAGUUGUACGGGAAGUAAGUGCUAAUGGAAUACCAAUCAUAAAUGGAAUAUCCGAAUCGCCUGUAGCUACCAAACAAAAACAACUUGGCGAUAGUGUGAAACACGGAAAAACAGAUUCCCGGUCAAAGAAGUCACGCACAGUACGUAGUUUACGACGUUCAAGCCGUUGGAACAGAUUUGCACUACUCAAACCUCAAACUCAAACUCAUCCUGCUUCUACAGAAUCAAUUCGAACAGUACCGGCUACUUUUAGCCCAUUGGAAACAUCAACACCAGUUAGAAGGUAUCCUAAAGAAGCAAAAGAUUUGAAUGAACAAAAAAAAUUUGUGAUGGAGGAAAGAGUGAAAACAUCAAGAAGUCAAAGUUCGGGUACUGGAACACACAUACGUUCCACCCUCGACUGUGAUAUCACAUUAAGCACGACUAAAGAAAUGAAUGUGACAGAAAUUCCAAUAGAAAUUAAAGGAGCCUUAAAUGGUUUGCCCUGGUGCACAACGAUCCGACUGCGAAUCAAGCAUGAUGCUAAUGAAAAGCCAACUUUCAUUCCAAAUCGAUGUAAAAUAUUCUGGUAUUUAUCAUAA